CCAUUGGUUUGGUUUUGAAUGUAACCUACUCACAUAUUUAGUUACUAAUUUAAGUCUGAAAGUUAAAUAAUGAUUUUGAGCCUUAACAAGACCGGCUGUUGUCCAGUGUCGCACAUCAGCACCCGUGUGAAAAUGAUGGAUUUUGGAGAGAUCCUGAGGGCCGUCGGAGACUUUGGUUUCUUUCAGAAGGUUAUCAUUCUCGGGUUGUCCUUCCCCUAUUUCUUACUGCCACUUUUCUUUUCCAGUUUUCUUUUCAUCCAAGUCGAUCCCGAGCGCCACUGUAACACAGACUGGAUCCGCAGGGCUGCUCCUAACCUCACCACAGGUGAGCAGCAGAACCUGACCCUGCCCCGGGAACUGGAUGGGACCUUCAGCAGGUGUCAGAUGUUUGUACCUGUGAACUGGAGCAUCGAUGCCAUCAGGGAGAAAGGACUCAAUGAAACCACAGAGUGUCUGAAUGGAUGGCUGUACGGAGACAUGCUCUAUGAAGCCACCAUAGUCACGGAUUUUGAUCUGGUGUGUGACAGGUCCUACAUGGCUGAAAUUGCGCAGAUGGUCUUCAUGACAGGUUUACUGGCCGGUUCAUUCAUCUUCGGUCCGUUAGCCGAAUCGUACGGCCGCAGGAGGAGCACCCUGUUGCCAGCUGCCCUUUUGUUAAUAUUUGUCAUAGUUGCUGGCGUGUCUCCAAAUAUCACCACUUACCUGGUGUCACAGUUCAUGGUCGGAGCUGCACUUGGAGGAUAUCGAAUCAACUCCACUGUUUUAGCCACAGAGUGGAUCGGGGUCACCAGGAGGUCCAUUGCUUCCUGUAUGACCCAGGUGUUUGCAGGUGCUGGGCAGUGUGCCAUGGCCGGUCUGAUCUAUGUAAUCCGAGACUGGAGAACGGCGCAGUACAUCAUGGCAGGAGCGCAGGCCUUUGUAUUGCUGUACAUAUGGUGGAUUCCUGAAUCUGCAAGGUGGCUGUUGGGGCAGGGGAGAACUGAAGAAGCCGGUGUGUUGAUACGUAAAGCUGCAGCAAUGAAUAAAAAGAAAAUCCCAGAGAAUAUGCUCAGCGAGGUAACUGGGGAACGUAAAGUCCAAAGUGGAGGCAUCAAAGCUCUUUUGACCUCAGCAAUCCUAUUGAAAUAUUUCUUCAUUAUAUCUUUUGCCUGGUUUUCAUUAAAUCUGGGCUACUUCAGUCUUGUUCUGAAUGUGGGUAAAUUUGGUCUGAGUAUCUUCCUGGUUCAGUUCCUGUUUGGGAUCUCUGAGAUUCCAGCGCAUCUCCUCUGUAUCUGGGUGUUGGAGUUCUCAGGGAGGAAGAAGUCCCUCAUCGCAACUCUUCUGGCAGGUGGCUGUAUUUGCCUCUUAACUCUGGCUUUCCCUCAAGACAGCGCUGUUGUUAUCACAGUCCUUGUAACCACGGGGAAGUUCUUUUUGAACUGGGCUGGUUCUGUAUGUAUGGUUUACAUCCAGGAGCUUUUCCCCACUUCUGUCAGGCAAACAGCUGUUGGCUUAGGUUCCAUAGCCUUUAGGAUAGCAGGGUUGCUGUCUCCCCUGCUCAACAUGUCGGCGGUAUACCACCACUCCUUACCCAUUGUAGUGUUCAGCAGCCUGGCAGUGGUCAGUGGAGGUCUUGUCUUCCUGCUUCCUGAGACCAGCCAAAAAGAGCUUCCUGAUUCAACUAGUGAUAUCAAAGGCAUCGGGACAAUGGCCACUAAGAAGACUGGGACCAAUUACAACAUGACUGUGAACGGCAGCAUCAACUCAACUAAACUCUAGUUUGAAUGCAGUUUUCCUUUUGGUUCUGACUUUACGUGGACGUCGUCACGUAGAAUAUUCAAGUUGCUCACACUGCCAUUCGAUGGCGUACUGGCUCUGACUCAAGUCUGUGGAAAAACAAUGUGGCUUGCUAGCGUAACAAACCUUAAAUGGAUAAACUCUAAUCAAGCUCAUGUUUCUAGCACUGUGUAAUGAUCUCAUGAAGGAAUAAACGAGGCUCAAUUUAUUAGCUUACAGUGA